GCUUGUGUUGUAUUGAAGAGUUUUAGUUGUGCAUGCUUGUCUUGUACUGCAUGUGUCCCCUUGCUUUCAUUUUCUUGAAGGGAAUCUCUUUCUUGUCGGGAUCUUCUCGUUUAAUGUUUUGGGAUAAUAUCUUGUGUCCAAGUUGGUUGUCUGUUGUUGAGGGCAUCUUAUUUAUUCAAGUCUUUGAUACAAUCAAAGCUUAUGUUUGUGGGAUCAUUUGUAAGAUUCUGUACUGCUUGAGGAUUGUUUUAGGACUUAGUUUUUUAAUCUUUGGAUCCAUCAUUUACUCCUUGCCGUUGUGGUGAAAAGAAUGUCAUUUUGUUGGUUCUAUGGCCAUUUACAGAUACCCUUCUGGCUAUUCUGAGAGAUUACGAAUGGAAAGAAACCGUAUAUCCCUCCAAGAGAGGUGCAUGUCCAAGUGAAACACUCAAUGCCACCUCAAAAGUUGGAAAUCUUUAAAUCCUUGGAAGGAUGGGCUGAGCAGAACCUGUUGACCCUUCUAAAACCCGUUGAGAAAUCGUGGCAGCCUGACGAUUUUCUCCCGGAAUCUAAAUCAGAAGGGUUCUAUGACCAAGUCAAGGAAUUGAGGGAAAGGUGCAAGGAACUUCCCGACGAUUACUUUGUAGUGCUUGUUGGGGAUAUGGUCACAGAGGAAGCUCUUCCGACCUAUCAGACGAUGUUGAACACCUUGGAUGGGGUUAGGGACGAGACUGGUGCAAGCCCUACUUCCUGGGCUAUAUGGACAAGGGCAUGGACUGCUGAAGAGAACAGGCAUGGGGAUCUUCUUAACAAGUAUCUGUAUCUGUCUGGACGAGUUGACAUGAAGCAGAUUGAAAGGACAAUCCAGUACCUGAUUGGUUCUGGAAUGGAUCCAAAAACUGAAAACAACCCAUACCUGGGUUUUAUAUAUACGUCAUUCCAAGAAAGGGCAACAUUCAUAUCCCAUGGAAACACAGCCAGACUGGCAAAGGAGCAUGGUGACUUGAAGCUUGCACAGAUAUGUGGCAUCAUUGCGGCCGAUGAGAAGCGCCAUGAGACUGCCUACACCAAGAUUGUGGAGAAACUCUUUGAGAUUGACCCUGAUGGCACGAUCAUGGGCUUGGCUGACAUGAUGAAGAAAAAGAUCUCGAUGCCUGCUCAUUUAAUGUAUGAUGGCCGUGAUGAUAACCUUUUUGAGCACUUCUCAUCCGUGGCCCAGAGGCUAGGUGUCUACACUGCCAAGGACUAUGCUGAUAUAUUGGAAUUUCUUGUGAACCGGUGGAAUCUGGAGGAUUUGUCCGGCCUUUCUGGCGAAGGGCAAAGGGCCCAGGACUUUGUCUGUGGACUGCCUGCAAGGAUCCGCAGAUUGGAAGAGAGGGCUCAAGGAAGAGCCAAAGAAGCCACAAGAAACGUGCCCUUCAGCUGGAUUUUUGACCGGGAGGUCUGCGUUUAAAACUGCCAUGGAAGGAGAGGCUAAAGUGACGUAUGUAGAUAACUUUUGUGUUAGGUUUGUCUGCUGAGACCAGAAGCAUGCGUUGUGUGUUUUAGUGAUAUGUCUGUUUACCAAAAGAAGUAGACUUCCUCCUCUCUAAGAGCUGUCUUUUAUCUUACAAUUUUUAAAAAAUAAUAGUAAUAUGCCCUCUGGGUUUUGCAUUU